CUGGCCUAUCGAUGUGGCAAGCAGUGUCAUGUUAACGGAAAGCGAAGCUCAACUCUUGAGACUUUUUUCGGCAGAUGAUCCAAAAAGUAGUGUGCUAACGACAAAUGUGAAGGCAUUUUCAGCGCAACGGGGCAGAGAAAUGGAAUAUUUAACAUGCACAACACUCCCAAGAACGUAAAAUAUUUGAAUUGUUAGCUAAACGCAUUUCCAAUCUUCAGCGCUUUAACUUUCUUGGAGUUGAAUGUUUAUGUCAUAGAGCUUAACUUAUUGAUGACUUUUGCUGCGUUUAUUUCCGAUCGGGAUAAAAAUAUAACAUUGUUUUGAGCUGAUAAGGUCACAUGAGUUUUGCACGUGAAUGAAACAUGAUGAUCGUAAACAGAAAACAACAUGGGUUGACAUUUGACAUUUCGAAAUGUUCUUUUGUUUUUGAUACUGCACGAUUAUAUUAGAAAUGAAUGCUUUUGUUGUCUUGAUGCAGAGAGACUGAAUUUGGUGUUAUUUGAGUAGUGCCUACUGCGAAUUUCUAUGAGAAAGGGCUCUGGACACAGGGGAUUGUGGUUGAUGUACUGCUUCCACUAUUGACGUCAUUCGCGAAAUUUGAGUCAGCUAUCGAUAUUGCAAUCGCCUAUAAGAAUAUAUGUAAGCAAAAGAUUUCGAUAUUAGUUGUGACUUUCCAUCGCGAUAGUUCCUUCGUGAGGUUUUGUUUGCAGACUCAACCGUAGUAUUCCAGCUCCGCUGUUUGCAUACAGAGUUUGAAUUUCCAGCGCACAAUGAAAGGUCGCAGGCCUAGCACCCGAAGCACAUCAAGUCGAACUGGACUUGUUGAUUCUCCUGGAAGAAAGAUACUCUCUGAGGUCCUUCUUGUCUGUGAGCUGCUGAUGUUCAUUACGCUCACAGCUCUAACUGGUGGUAAACCGCCUUCAACAUCGACAAAUAGUCAGAAAAAACCACCUCAAGGAAGAUAGCUAAACAAACAUGGUCCAACAGCAGCUAGAUGACAUUGUGGUGGCAGGCAUGGCGUGCAGGCUUCCAGAGUCAGACAAUGCAGAGGAAUUCUGGUCACAUCUGAUGAACAAGGAGGAUAUGGUUACAGAGGAUGAUCGACGCUGGACGCCUGGACUUCAUGGCCUGCCAAAAUGUAGUGGAAAACUCAAAGACAUAAAGCACUUUGAUGCAACCUUCUUUGGUGUUCAUGCAAAGCAAGCCCAUAGAAUGGAUCCUCAGUUAAGAAUCUUACUCGAAUUAACAUAUGAAGCACUGAUUGAUGCUGCUGUUGAUCCCCAGAAAGUUCGUAAUUCCAGGACUGGUGUCUUUGUUGGUGCCAGUGGCUCAGAAGCUUUUGAAGCCUUCAGUGCAAACACUGAAGACAUUGUUGGCUAUGGUAUGACUGGUUGUUCCCGUUCCAUGUUUGCUAAUCGUGUGUCAUUCACAUUUGACUUUAAAGGACCAAGCUUUGCUAUAGAUACUGCUUGCUCCUCGUCACUGCUUGCUAUGGAUUGUGCAGUGCAAGCGAUCAGAUCAGGAAGUUGUGAUGCUGCUAUGGUGGCUGGUGCGAGUCUUACAUUGAAGCCAAACACUUCAGUAGACUUCUUAAGGCUCAACAUGUUGUCCCCUGAUGGUGCAUGUAAAUCAUUUGAUGUGAGUGGUAAUGGAUAUUGUCGUUCUGAGGGUUGUGUUGCCAUUUACCUAACCAAGAGAUCUGUUGCCAAGAGGAUUUAUGCUCAUGUUAUUAACUCAAGAACCAACUCUGAUGGCUACAAGACACAAGGUGUAACCUACCCAAGUGGAGCUAUUCAGAAGCAACUGCUGGAACAGGUGUACCAAGAAGCUAACAUAAACCCAGCAGAUGUUGUGUAUGUUGAAGCACAUGGCACAGGCACCAAGGCUGGUGAUCCUGAAGAGCUGAACUCGCUCACAUCUGUCUUUUGUGAGAAACGUGCACCUGAAGCAGGACCCCUCCUUAUUGGCUCAGUUAAAUCCAACAUGGGGCAUCCUGAACCAGCAUCAGGAUUGUGUGGAGUGACCAAGGUGUUGCUUGCCAUGCAACAUGGUAUCCUCCCACCCAACCUGCAUUUCAACUCGCCAAAUCCGGACAUUCCAGCUCUUCUUGAUGGUAGACUUAAGGUUGUUACAGAGCCCUUGCCUUGGAAUGGCGGCCUUGUUGGAAUAAAUUCAUUUGGAUUUGGUGGAUCCAAUGUUCAUGUUAUCUUGAGGUCCCCAGAUGCACCCAAACCUAAAGUAUAUCCAAAGCCCACCCUACCAAUAGUGAUCCCUGCAUCAGGAAGGACUGAAGAAUGUGUAAAGAAAAUGUUGCAGUUUGCAAGAGAGAAUAUUGAGAGUAAAGGUCUGUUGACCUUGCUAACAGAGGUUUCAUCCACACCCUUGAAUACUUUCUCACAUAGAGGCUAUGCAAUUGUUGGUGGUGAGAACGAUGUUGAAGAAGUCCUCAAGCUACAGUCGAAUCAGCGUUCCAUAUGGUAUGUGUUCUCUGGCAUGGGCACUCAGUGGUCUGGUAUGGGAGAGAAGUUGAUGCAGAUUUCAACAUUCAGUGAAUCUAUUCACAAGACUGCUGACAUUUUGAAGGAGUUUGGAGUUGACUUAGUUAAGAUUAUUACCAAGAGUGAUGAUGAGACAUACACCAAAACCAUCAACUCCUUUGUGGGACUAGCAUCCAUUCAGAUUGCCCUGGUUGAUUGCUUGAAAGCUUUGGGAAUAACCCCAGAUGGAAUAGUUGGACACAGUGUAGGAGAGCUAGGCUGUGCUUAUGCUGAUGAAAGUUUUACUGCUAAGGAAGUAGUUUUGGCUGCUUACUGGAGAGGUCGUUGUAUCCAGGAGGCUAAACUUUCUCCGGGAGCUAUGGCUGCAGUGGGUCUCACUUGGGCAGAAGCCAAGAAGAGGUGUCCUGAAGGUGUUUGGCCAGCCUGCCACAAUGCUGAAGACACUGUCACAAUCUCUGGUGAUGCUGCAGCUGUCAAUAAAUUUGUGCAGGAGUUAAAGGGGGAAGGAACCUUUGCAAAGGAAGUGAACACCUCUGGUGUUGCAUUCCACUCCAAGUAUAUGGCUCUUAUUGCCCCAAUGCUCAAGGAGUCGUUGCUGAAGUUCAUUGUACCAAAGAAGAGGUCACCACGCUGGAUAAGUACAUCUAUUCCUGAAGACAGCUGGGACACUGAGUUGGCAAAGUAUUCCUCUGCAGAUUACCAUGUGAACAACUUGGUUAGCCCAGUUCUGUUCCAAGAGGCACUAGAAAAGAUCCCAGCUGAUGCUGUUGUCAUUGAGAUUGCACCACACUGCCUUCUUCAGGCCAUUCUCAAGAGAUCUCUCAGCCCACAAUCUGUAAACAUCCCUUUAAUGAAAAGGAAACAUCCAAACAACUUGGAGUUCUUUCUGACAGGCCUUGGCAGACUUUAUGCCAGUGGAAUUAACUUUGAUCCAACAUUGAUUACUACAAGCAAGGCAUCAUUUCCUGUCCAUGUCUCAACUCCUUCUAUUGCUCCUCACAUGGGAUGGGACCAUUCUCAGGAAUGGGAUGUUCCCACAAUGAGUAGCUUCCAGUUCAGUAGCAGUGGUGGUACAGCAACAUCUUGCAACUUUGAGAUUGACAUAUCACCAUCAUCAGUAGACAAGUACCUUGAAGGACAUUGUAUUGAUGGGCGAGUCCUUUUCCCUGCUACAGGUUACUUGGUCUUGGCCUGGAAGACCCUUGCCAAAUCUGCUGGGCUUCUUCUGGAACACACUCCAGUCGCCUUUGAAGAUAUAACUAUCCACAGGGCUAUAAUUCUCUCAAAGACUGGUUCAGUGACUCUAACAGUGCGUCUCAUGCCAGCUUCCAACAAGUUUGAUGUGUCUGAAGGAGACAGCCUAGCAGUGUCUGGCAAGAUCUUCAUGCCAGAAUUGCCUGCAUUGAGUGAAGGCUUUAAGGCAGCUCCUCCACCAGAAGGAGAUGUGCACUUGACAGCAGACUGCAUCUACAAGGAGCUUAGGUUGCGUGGUUAUGACUAUGGACCUACUUUUCAAGGAAUUUUGGGAGUAAACAGUUCAGGCACAAAAGGUGAACUCAAGUGGACAGGAGAGUGGAUAUCAUUCCUGGACACCAUGCUUCAAUUGUCAGUUCUAAGACUUCCUGGACGAGGAUUGAGGCUGCCUAUCAGACUACGAUCACUACGCAUUGACCCAGCCAUCCACCUCGAGAAAGCAAAAGAAGGGACUUGUGAGGUAAAGGUUGAUCCAAAGAUGGACCUGGUUGUGGCUGGUGGUGUAGAACUCAAAGGUCUUCAUGCCACCGUAGCACCUAAAAAACAAGAUGGACAAGUUCCCGUCUUGGAAAAGUUCACAUUUGUGCCAUAUGUUGAUGAUCCAAAACCCACAAGCUCUAUUUGUGAGAGUGUUAGUAAAGAAAGCUUCUUCGAAGCCAUACAAGAGGGUCCUUUCUUGAAAGUCAUGCUGGACACUGUCAUCGAGAACAAAGUUGGCACUAAUUUAAAAAUUAGCGAAGUAGGUGCUGCAGAAGGGAAGACUUUUUUGCGUGCUGUGCCUUUGAUAAGUCUUCAUCCUGUGGUUGAACUUAACUACACAGCUACAGAUAACACUGAAGAACUCUUGGCUAGCAUUACUGAACUGCUCCCAGAUGAUUCCGUUCAGGUCUGCACUUGGGAUGUCUCUAAGCAACCGCCAGGUGCUGUGAACAAAAGUGAUCUUAUCAUCGCCUCCAAUCUGAUCCAUAUGACAUCGGACCUUUCUAGUGCGUUGGAGAACAUCAAGGCUGCUCUCAGCCCGCAUGGUUUUGUUCUGCUACAUGAAGUCACAGCUAGUUUGGAGGUAGUGCAUGCUGUUUUUGGAAAGAACGGUUUCACUCCAAACGGACCAGAACAGAAGUAUUUCCUGACGGAUCAGCAAUGGGUUAUAGCUUUGCGAGGUGUUGGACUCAAUGUAGUGUCAAUGAAAAGGACCGGCUCCGUGUCAAGUCUCCUUCUUUGUAGGCUCACGAAUACCUCAGAGGAGAAACCAGUCUUUAUCGACGUCGACGAAACAUUCGAGUUUUUGCCCAAGCUUCAGACUGCUAUGGCGUCUGGUGACAAGUCACCCAUAUGGCUUCGUUCAUUCGCUACGUCCCCUACGGGAAUAGUAGGCAUGACAAAUUGCCUGCGACAGGAGUUGGGUGGAGAGAAGAUUCGGUGUCUCUUCGCCAGCCCAGAAGAGAAAGCCAAGGUUAUGGGACACUUCGAGUCAUUGAUUAAGUUAGAUUUGGUCAUGAACGUGUUCCAAGGUGGCAAAUUCGGCUCCUAUAGACAUGUUCUUCUGGAGGACUCGCCAAGCUUAAGUGAAGAAACAGAGCACGCGUAUGUGAACGUGCUGACACGUGGAGACCUCUCUUCACUUCGAUGGAUUGCCUCUCAUCUGAAAUAUUCCCCAGGAACUCAAGGAACCACAGAGCUGUGUACAGUCAACUACACUUCCUUAAACUUCCGUGACAUCAUGCUUGCUACAGGUAAAUUGCCACCGGAUGCCCUUCCUGGAGACUUAGCACACCAGGAUUGUAUCCUGGGAAUGGAGUUUUCUGGCAGAAAUCAGAGGGGUGAAAGGAUCAUGGGAUUGCUACCGGCGCAGGCUUUAGCAACCACGGUCAUGGCAGAUCAGCGGUUUACUUGGAAGGUACCUAAAACCUGGACGCUUUUGCAAGCAGCUUCUGUCCCAGUGGUUUACUCUACAGCCUUCUAUGCUUUGGUUGUCCGUGCAAACCUCAGGCCAGGGGAAUCAGUCCUUAUUCACUCCGGAUCAGGAGGAGUUGGCCAGGCAGCCAUCUCCAUCUGUCUUAAAAUGGGUUGUGAAGUGUUCACGACAGUGGGAACGAAAGAGAAGAGGGAGUACCUGAUGACGACCUUCCCUGAUCUUAAACCCCACAAUAUCGGCAACUCUCGAGACUUGUCUUUUGAACAAAUGGUGAUGCACAGAACUAAUGGACGUGGCGUGCUCGUUGUACUCAACUCGUUGGCUGAGGAGAAGUUGCAAGCUAGUUUGCGAUGCUUGGCGCGACACGGCCGCUUCCUUGAAAUCGGAAAGUAUGACUUGUCAAACAACACUCCUUUGGGCAUGGCUUUGUUCCUUAAGAAUGUGUCCUUCCACGGAAUCUUGUUGGAUGCUAUUUUCGAGGAGGACAACCCGGAGUGGAUCGAAGUGUCAAAACUUUUUACUGAAGGAAUUAAAUCAGGUGCUGUACGACCUCUGAAAACCACAGUGUUCGAUCGUGACGAAAUUGAGCCCGCAUUCCGUUUCAUGGCUCAGGGAAAACAUAUUGGAAAGGUAGUCAUUCAAGUCAAACCAGAAGACGGGUCCAAAUCAGUGGUGAAACUUAUGGCGCAUGCGCGCAGCAUGUGUGACCCCUGUAAGAGUUAUGUAGUCACCGGAGGCUUGGGUGGCUUUGGUCUGGAACUUGCGCAUUGGCUGGUUGAGAGAGGUGCGCGUUUUCUGGUUCUGACAAGUCGAAGAGGUAUUCGCACUGGUUACCAGGCUCGUCGCGUCAAAGUCUGGCAGGAAAUGGGUGUGAAAGUUUUCUCCCUAACAGAUGACGUUGGCACAAAAGAAGGCGCUGCUUGUGUCUUGAAAAAGGCUCGCGAACUCGGUCCCUUGGGAGGAAUCUUUCAUCUGGCAGUUGUACUGAGGGAUGGUAUGCUCGAGAAUCAAACCAUAGAGGCAUUCCAGGCGGUCAACAAACCCAAGUAUCAUGGUACCAUAUAUCUUGAUCAGCUGACUCGACAAAAGGAUAUCGCUAAGGAGCUUCAUUGGUUCGUGGUGUUCUCGUCCGUUUCCAGUGGGCGUGGUAAUGCUGGCCAGAGCAACUACGGCUUCGCCAACUCGGCUAUGGAGAGAAUAUGCGAGGAUCGUGUGAAAGAAGGCCUCCCUGGAGUCGCAAUACAGUGGGGUGCUAUUGGAGACGUGGGCCUUAUUCAGGAUACCAUGGGCGGCUCAAACGAGACUGUCAUUGGUGGUACACUUCCGCAGCGCAUGAGUAGCUGCUUAGCGGUGCUGGACAGAUUCUUAUCGCAGGCUCACCCCGUGAUGUCAUCAUAUGUUUUAGCAUCCAAGAUAAUGAGCAAGGGAGAUAAGGGUUCUGGAUCUGACCUGGUUGGAGCUGUAGCGCAUAUUCUUGGAGUGAAAGAUGUUUCUACAGUCAACCCUGACACGACCUUAGCUGACCUUGGCCUUGAUUCUCUUAUGGGAGCUGAAGUCCGCCAAACCCUGGAACGAGACUUCGAAAUUCAAAUGAGUAUGAAAGACGUGCGACUACUGACAGUGAAUAAAAUGCGGGAACUGACCAGCGGUGAUGCACUCCAGGACUCUGAAAAGGCUACUGAGAAAGGAAAAACCAUUGAAGCAACAAACGUUUACCUCCCAGAGAUUGGCGAGCAAUUAUUGGUACAAAUGAAUGAUGUGAAAAAUGGGCAGAAACCGCUUUUUAUGAUCCACAAUAUUAAUGGGACAGUAGAGCCGUUGCGUACCCUGGCUAACAAUCUCUCUUGCCCUGUGCUUGGCCUGCAGUACUCCUUGACGUCCCCCAAUGAUUCGAUUCAGUCUCUCUCAGCCAGCUAUAUUAAGUGCAUCCGGGAAAUUAUCCCUCAAGGUCCUUACCGUCUGGCUGGCUACUCGUUUGGGGCAUCUGUGGCAAUGGAGAUGGCGCUGCAACUGGAAAAGACAAACGAGGUGGAGAGCUUAAUCUUAUUGGAUGGAUCACACACCUAUGUUGCAGCACAUACAUCGUGGCAUAGAAACAGGUUGUCUCUUCAGCCCCAAGGGUCUUGGGAACCAAGAGCUGUGGCAGAGGGCCUGAGUGCCCUAGCACUGCAGUACGCACCUGUUGACAAAGCCAAGCUCGUAGAAGUUCUUCAGAUAGAAACAUCCAUUGACAAACAAAUCCAAGUAACAGCUGGCAUAAUCUCUGAAGCGAAUCCAGCGUUGGACAAAGGGAGCCUUGUCAGGUUCAUCACGAGCUUUAUGGCUUUGUUGCGCAUGGGUGAGGAAUACAAGCCGGCUUUGCGUCUCCAUGGCAACGUACAUCUUGUUCGCGCCAAAAUUGUAGACGAGAUGGGCAGGAAUCUAGGUGACGACUUCAGUCUGCGUGAGGUGUGCAGUGGUCAGUUGAGCGUGAACUGGGUCGAGGGUGAUCACGAGUCUUUCCUUCAAAACGAGAGCGCCGUGGAAGUAGCGAACAUUGUAACUAAGGCUUUGAGCAGUUGAACUUUAUCGGGGUUACCAUAGCGACGAAGGUUGCAUAAAGCACCUAAGUAAACCAAAAAAAAAACAACAGGACAGUUUUGUCUGUAAUGACACUAAAUUUGAAGUGGUCAAGGGUAAUUUCAAAUAGAAGUGGAUUUAAGUAGACUUGGUUUCAAAGAGUGUUGUGUUUGGAUGGAAGCAGUAUAUAUUACUUAGAAAAUACUGGUAGUUGUGGUCAAAAUUUAGUGUUUGUAGAUCAAAGCCAAUUACAGAGCUUGUCGUUCGUUGAAAGUGGAAUUUGGAGUGGGAUUGUAAAUAAUCUUCUUCCGAUUAUCUUAUCGUUUGAACUAAAUUAUUCCACAGAAAUUUGAUAUAAAAAAGGAAACCAUAGAAAAUGAUAUUUGAAAUUUAUACAUGCUGCUUUUGCUGCAAAGGGUAUUUAUGCAUUUUUUUGUCUGGGGUUUCUUAUAGAAUAUUGGAAGAAGAAACACGAAUGCUUAUCGUUGGUUAGCUGUUAUUGUAGGUACAUAACAGUAGGGUCUUAAUGAAAUAAACUUUUUCAAAGAACAUACGACCCCACCCAAAUUCCCCCUCUUUCCUUCACCCUCCCCCCUNCCCCACACACACACACACACACACACACACAACACACACAACACACACACACCCAACACACACACACACACCUUGCUCCUCAGGAUUAGAGGCUUGAGAAUUCUAUGGUGUUACGUUAAAUCAAACGAGAAUCAUAUCAACGAUAAGUGGAUCAUAAUAAAGGUUCAAGAAAUUUA